CAAUGGCAGGAACGGAGAAUAAUGUCAAAAAAAUCAACCAAAUACAAGUAAUAGUUACUGCUGAAGCCAAUAAAGAAUACAGCUUAACUGAUAAGAAACUGAAAUAUGCAAAUUAUACACUAAAAGUAUAUGAUACGUGUAAUACUGAUGAUAAGAAACAGGAGAAGGACGGAGGAAAUCAAGACACGAAAAAUACGAAUGUUAUAUGGAAUGAGUUGACUGAGACUAAAGGAGAGGAAAUCAUAGAAUGUACAAACACAGAAGACAAUGACAAAUUUCCAGGUCUUGUUUUAGCAGUAGUUGGAGAUUGUGACAGUUAUGUACCUAGGCCAUGGACUACUACAGCAUUUACGACUGGACUGUUAAACACUGUACAUGGAGUGAACAAAAGCUGGAUAUUCUAUCGAGGAAAGAAUAGUGGAGUCAGUUCUUACAUAAAUAAAGCAUUUAAGAAAGAAACUAGCAACAGUAAGAAAGAUAAGACCAACACUUCUGCACUUAAUGAAACUGAUUCAACAAUUAUCAUUGCUAUUCAACCAAAGAAAAAUGACAAAAUAGAGAAACUAUUGGAGGCAGGAAAACUUAAUCCUCAUAAAGUAUUUCAAUUAAACAUGGCACCUGAAAAAGAAAAAUGCGAAUUAGUUAAAAAGAAAGAAGAAUACAAGUGGUUUAACACGUACAUUUCUACACUUUUAGCAGAUAUUUCAGAAAGAUGGACUCCUUUGCUAGAUGUUUUAUUCGUAGAUGAGGACAAACAUAAUAGUCAAGCCUUAGAAAUGAAAGUUCCAGUAUUGCUUUUGGUAGUGGAAGGUGAUAUGCGAACUGUCCACCAAGUUAAAGCUACAGUUAAGAAGAAUAUACCAGUCCUGCUAAUCAAAGGUUCUGGUAACGCAGCAGAUUUAAUAUCGAAUUAUUUAGAUGAACCACUUCAGAGGUGUGAUUGUUAUAGAGAGUUUUAUAAGAUAUUCGUUAAAAAAGAAAUUUAUUAA